CCUCUGAAAAUAAGGAAACUUAUUUUGUACUCUAUUCUUUGGAAUUAUCUUGUACAAGCUGCUGUCCACAUAAACUUUCCCAUUUUUGUAUUGACAUUCAUCAACACUCCCAUCCUCCAAACCCUACACCAGUCCUCCCCAAAGAUGUAUAACAGCACUCUAGAGACUGAUGGCAUCAGUUCUCUAGGCUUGAGCCAAAACAACAUGAGCUGCAUUAAGAGUGACGGCUUCAAGUACACCAUGUACACCUCAGUCUUCAGCCUGGUCUUCAUAGUCGGGUUGCUCUUCAACAUGGUCGCAGUCUACAUCUUUGCCUGCACGCUGAAGCUGCGCAACGAGACCACCACCUACAUGAUGAACCUGGUGGUGUCCGACCUGCUCUUCGUCCUCACCCUGCCAUUCAGGAUCUUCUACUUCAUCAACAGAGACUGGCCAUUCGGCAGGGUGCUCUGCCAGCUCUCAGUCUCCCUCUUCUACACCAACAUGUACGGCAGCAUCCUCUUCCUCACCUGCAUCAGCGUGGACCGCUUCCUGGCCAUCGUCUACCCAUUCCGAUCACAGGCGCUGCGGACAAAACGGAACGCCAAGCUGGCCUGCUGUGCCGUGUGGGUGUUGGUGCUGUCUGGCAGCCUGCCGACAGGCUUCCUCCUGGACACCACCUCGCUCAGAAACGAAAACUCAAAUUCCUCCGUCAACUACUGCUUCGAGAACUUCUCCAACAAGCAGUGGCAGUCCAGUCUGUCCAAGGUGGUGGUGUUUAUUGAGACAGUGGGAUUCCUGAUUCCGUUGUUACUCAACGUCUUCUGCUCGGUCUCGGUCCUCCAAACACUGCGCCAGCCCCAGGCCAUCAGCCGGGGUGGCCAGCUCAACAAGACGAAGAUCCUGAGAAUGAUCGUGGUUCAUCUUCUCAUUUUCUGCUUCUGCUUCAUCCCUUAUAAUGUCAAUCUGGUGUUCUAUGCCCUGGUCCGCACCAAGCUGCUGAAAGGCUGCAUUGUGGAGUCAGUGGUGAGGACCAUCUACCCUAUCACCCUCUGCAUUGCGGUCACCAACUGCUGUUUCGACCCAGUCAUCUACUACUUUACAUCUGAGACCAUCCAGAACUCCAUCAAACGGAAGUCGAUGGCAGUUCGCAACAAUAAGAUGUCCGUGGGGCUUCAGACGGACACGCUGAAGAGCCAGAGCACCAUGCAGAACAACCUGACGACUCUGAGAGAAAAAGUAUUUCACAACGAAUCCACUGUGUGACGUCACCACCCGAAGGUGCCACCUUGAUGAGGCAUCAAUAUUUCAGAUGACUCAAUUGUUGGUGCAACACACCCAGAUGAUCUAAAGCAAAAGAUGGGAGAUCGGUGGUCUGGAGUGGAUUCUAUAAGAACCAUGGCAUCACAGGAAGCAAGUGCAGUUGCAUUAAGGGUACCCACUAAGUCCACUGACUGAGUGUUUUCGUGUUAAGGGUAAUUCCACGUUAACAGUGACACUAACUAGGUUUCCAUUCAAUUGGCGAAAAAUUUAUGCAAAUAUUCUAAACAUCUGCACAAAUAAAAUAUGCGCAUUUUCCCACCAGUGGUGCAUUUCCACCAAACAAACUGGUGGAUAGAUAGAUCUCUCUCUCUCUGUGUAAUGCCAUACUGCACACAAAAUGUCAUUUCUCUUCAUUUUCAUGUACCGAUAAAAACCUAAAAAGUUCAAAGUGUUUCCAUCGCAUUUUCAACUCUACCGAUAGUGGUCACAAAAACUGUUGCGUUAAAUAGCAAAUGCGUCUACUCUGGUCUUGGCACUUGUGCUCCAGCCAACAGCUGACAGAAACAGUGCGGUUAGGCUGUGCGGGUAGGCUAAUCUAUAUGAGAUUAUUCUGGAAAAGAGCAAGAAUAUUUUUGUAAAAAUGGCAGUCAAGCAACGGUCAUCAUGCCACCAGAAUAAGAGCCGUGAUAUUUACUGUAAAGAAGCGUGAAGAUCAGGGUGCACUUUCACCACACUGAAGUUAAUAAUUUAUUUAAUCUGUAGCCUAAUAAAACUGCAUGGUUUCCCGAGUCGUUGUGGGAGGACCACACACACACACACCAUAUUAUCGCGACUCCAAGUUUACUUCGAUAUGAUGGUUAUUAUAUCAACAUUUGCGCAUGAAGGCAUUUCCACUGCCAUUUCUCGUAUAAUUUGUUUUACAGACAGAAAAAGAUCACGUAGAAUGAACAAAUUAAAGUCGGCAGAAUGACAACAUACACAGUGUGUCAUUCUGUUACCAAACUUCGUAUCUGCACGGUUCUUCAAGUAAAUGUGUUUGUAAAAUGUUCAGUGGAAAUUGUUAAAAGUAGUCCUUGUGCAUAGUUGUAUGGUUUGUUUAAACUUGGCAAUCAUUGGUUUUUGUUUGACAAACAUUUAAAGUGAAAAAUAUGAGUCUCAAUGUCCCUCUGUUACCAUGGAAUUGCCCUUAAGGAUUGCAUCAAUAGCGGUGUUGGCUGUCAGGAUUUUACUACAUGAUACAGGUCUAUGCGGGAAACCCUGGAGUGUGGGGCUACGGAUUUACAAAAAAAAAAAAAAAAGUGUGAACAUUUACCCACAACACACUUUGUGACUUGUCAAACAGUGACUGAGGUGUCUAAAUGUGGCUCUAUUGAAAUACUUUAUACCAGGCAGUGGUCAGUAUUUUCCCUGCAACUUUAAGUACAGAAUAUUGUAUAAUAAACUAAAAUAAUGAAAUAGCACUUUAUAGAGCAACACAUUUUUCUUGCACCCCCGCACCAACAGUGAUUGUGACACCAAUAAAAAAAAUGA